CUUUCGGUUGUGUUGCACAGCCGACUGCUUAUGCUGCCGCUGCCGUCGUUAGCCGAGUAUUGAGCUACCAGCUGACCUACUUUCUCUCAGCCACUCGGUCCUGUUUACAAGGCACUGCCAGCGGAGGAUGUGGAGUACAGUGCCUGAAAAACAGACGAACACAGUCCGCAACUGGCGAAUAUAGACCGGAUUGGGGCAUUUUGGUCGUGUGUUGGUGAUAAAUUAGGACUGCCAGAGUCACAGACGGCGCACCGGCGAUUAAUAACAGCACGUUAUUAACUUAAGGCGUUGUUAUGCAAUUUAACGCUUUCAGCGGCUGGUCAGUCGGACGCUGGUAGUUGCGCUCAGCUGCUAUGUUGUAGUUGUUUUUUAUAUAUAAAAAGAUGACUACAUUGGUUGAAGUUAAGUGUGGAUCUUUCUUUCUGCUGGAGUCUCGUUGUCAAGGAUUUGGCGUUUCGUUGGAGGAUUCGAGGAGGCGGCGGGCAGCUGGUCCAUGAUAGAUUUUUCCAAAAGAGUGUUCAAACGAGGUCAGCGCGGAUGGGACUUAUAAGACUUCAGAAAGGGCCUGGUUGGGAAAGGGAGUGAGUAUGGACAACCUUUCUGACUUCGGUGGCCCCUGUCCAUCCACCCACAGGGAAUGGGACACCAACAGCUGUGUGGACGAUUUAAUGGAUGAAGAUGAGAAAGACAGGGCAAAAAGGGCAUCGCGUAACAAAUCUGAAAAGAAGAGAAGAGACCAGUUCAAUGUGCUCAUCAAGGAGCUAUGCACCAUGCUGCAGGGUCAAGGCCAUCCGCGCAAGAUGGACAAGUCCACCAUACUGCAGAGAACUAUUGACUUCUUGCAGAAACAGAAAGACAUCACUGCACAGAAUGACACUUGUGAUGUGAGACAAGACUGGAAGCCUUCGUUCCUCAGUAAUGAGGAGUUCACUCAGCUAAUGCUGGAGGCCCUAGAUGGUUUCUUGGUGGCAUUAACUACAGAUGGCAACAUCAUAUACGUAUCUGACAGCGUUUCUUCACUUAUUGGCCAUUUACCGUCAGAUAUGGUGGACCAAAAUAUCUUGAAUUUCCUCCCGGAGCGGGAACACGGGGAGGUGUAUAAACUGCUAUCAUCCCACAUGCUGAUGACUGACCCCAUUGCUGCUGACUUCCUUGACAGUGAGGCACACAUUGAAUUCUGCUGUCAUCUAGCCAGAGGUAACAUUGACCCAAAGGAGCCGCCUGUAUACGAGUAUGUCAAGUUUGUUGGAGAUUUCAAGUUUCAUAACAAUGUGCCUACAUCUUCUUGUAACGGGCUUGAGUUGACGUUACCAAGAAGCCUGCAGUCAUCGCUGGAGGAGCAGGUCUGCCUCAUUGCUACUGUACGAUUAGUCACUCCACAGUUUCUAAAGGAUUUGUGUAAUGUGGAAGAUCCUUGCGAUGAAUUCACAUCCAGACACAGCCUUGAGUGGAAGUUCCUGUUUUUAGAUCACAGAGCUUCACCAAUCAUCGGCUACUUACCCUUUGAGGUUCUUGGAACUUCUGGCUAUGAUUACUAUCAUGUGGAUGACUUGGAGCUUAUAGCACAGUGUCAUAAGCAAUUAAUGCAGUUUGGAAAGGGUAAAUCCUGCUACUAUCGCUUCCUGACCAAAGGUCAGCAGUGGAUUUGGUUGCAGACUCACUACUACAUCACCUACCACCAGUGGAACUCCAAACCUGAGUUCAUUGUCUGCACUCACACUGUUGUCAGUUAUGCUGAGGUGCGAGCUGAAAGGAGGAGAGCGUUUGGCUUUGAAGAGCUGUCUCCUCCUGAGAUAGCUCCCUCUUCAGUGAAGGCUCAGGAGCUGUACUUGGACAUCUGCUCCACACUGGAUCCUCCACGGGACAGAAACAGCGGUGCACGUUCGGUAUCCUCCCACAGCUCCCGGAAGUCCUCCCACACAGCACUGUCGGACUCUGCAUCAGCUAACUCCUACACAGAGGCCUGCACACCGUCAUGGCAGUCUGCUUCCAUUGGGACCGAGAAGACAUCUGCCAGACUCCAACCUAGUAGUUCAAAGAAUUUGGCACAAAGACAAAAUUCCUUUGACCUCGUUCCCCAAAUGAGCCUCCCCCUUUCUCCUACCUGCAGCAAGCACUCCGCCAUGCAACAGCAAACGCAGCAGCAGCAGUCAUCCAUGUAUCAGCUGCAGCAGCCUCAGCUCUGUGUAAUGAACCAGCUGAAGGAGCAGCUGGAGGAGAGGACGCGCAUUCUGCAAGCUGACAUUAAGACGCAGCAGCAGGAGCUGCACGACAUUAAGGAGAAGCUUCACCUCGCUAAUCUCCAGAUGUUGUUACAGCAGCCUAUCCACAAUGACUUUGGCCAGGCCCAGCAGCAGCCCCAGCAGCAGCAGCAGCCCCAGCAGCAGCAGCAGCCCCAGCAGCAGCAGCAGCCCCAGCAGAGCUCGGGAAGGCCGGCCCAGCAGAGCCAGUCAGGGGUGAUCAGGCAGCUCUCGAGCCACCCUAAACCACCGUCCUGCGGGGCCCACAGUUCAUCCCCUCACUCACUCCUGAGAGAAAGCAGCUCACCCUCAUCACAGGUCCAGCAGAGGAUUGCACGGAGCGGGCAGGCGCAGUCAGCAGUGAGCGUGCCCGUGCAGACGAACACGAGUCUGACGAUGCCCUUCUACAGCAACCCUAUGAUGUUCUCCCAGACCAACACGAGGUCUCUGCAGGAUGCAAACCAAAGACACACAGACAGCGAGUUCAACCAAGAUGGACAACUACGCAUGCUCCUUAACCAGCCAAUGCAGACGCUGGUUCCCACUAGCAGUGUCACCUCGCAGCCUUCCCAGUGCAACAUGGGCAUCUCCCAAACCAUAUACACGUUGGAGCAGCAGAUCAUCGCCCCUUCGUUCUCCAUGCAACAGGUCAACUGCAACGCCGUCCUCGUGCCCUCCCCAGUCUUCACGUCCCCCAUCAUGAUCCCGCACAACAGUUUCAUCACAAACCAGUCCCAGUCAGCCUACCACUCUCAGCCUCAGGCUUCUCAGCACUCCUUGCAGCUACAGCAGCCCCAGCAGUUCUUUCAGAUGGCUCAAGGACUUGUCCAUGGUGGAUCUACUCCAACAUUCUUACACACCGCUAACGUCCCACAGCAAAGCACCGUGGGAUACAUCCAGCAGCAGCCGCAAACACAGCAAGUGCCGCAAGCACAGCAGCAACAGGCGCAACAGCAACAAAGGCAAUACCAAUGUUCCCAAAACCAGACUGGCAGUGUUUCAGACUUCCGAAAUAUGCUGACUCGGUAGCGCUUUGGACCGUGUGACAGCGCUGAGAUCACCCACUGUGUUGUCGCCAUGUAGGCAGCAGCAUGUUGUGGCAUUUGGAAGUCAAACUUGACGUCAAGUUCUGCAGUGGAAAUGCUCGAGUGGAAAAUCGCUUCUAGUGACCUUACUUUUGAUGCGAAGGUGCCCAUUCAGAAGAAGCCGGUGCGUACGUCACCGGAGUGAAAACCACUGCACUGGGCCGCAGGAUCUGAGGACAGUCUGAGGUGCUGGACCUUCAUCACUGGGCCCGCAUCACACUCACACGUCAUCAAUCAGUGAAACUGCCGGAACAAGAGGAUUAUCAAAGCUCUCGAGAAGACACCGCUUCACGCGAGGUUGUUUUUCAUCUAGCAAAGAGAGUUUUCUUUCUAAGUGUCUGUUUGCACUUUGGUACCACCCCCUACCCAAAAGUAGAAUAUUUAUUUUUGCCCGUGAAUUAAUAUUCUAUUUUCCUCACUCAUAAGGCUUAAUAGUGAGCUUAUUGUUCAAACCUACACCUCGCUCCCCAGUUACAUCAAUUCGUCAACCCUGGUCAGAUUGUCAGCUCGUGAAAAUGGGGUCAUCUCAAAAAAAGGGAUUUUUGUACAUGGGAACUCUUUGACUAGAUCAAAGUGUACGUCAGUUGGCAGACAUCAGACGUCGCUCCCAUUUUGUUGGCAUGGCAAGUCACUAGAGAGGGGCUUUAUUGUGAAACAUGCAGUGGUCAGAUGUCAUAUCUGAAAGUCAGGUUUGAUAAGAAUUUAGAUGCAACAUACUACACUGGGAAGCUGGGAGGGAAUAUUCUCCAAUUAUUAGAAAUGUCUAUCUAGAUUUUUAAAGCCUCAAUCUGGGACUGAGGAAGGGCGUCGCACAACUAUCGCACCACUUCUCACCGAGAACGACAACAAAGCUCUGAAGUCGUGAUUUUAGGUGUUUCUGAUGAGUCCUAAACAAGCUAGCAGAGGGGGGGAAUUUGUGCCUUUAACCAUGGUACGUACCAUGGUGUGGUUUGAUGGUUUUGGCGGAUUAUGGCUUUAAAAAUCCAGCUCAGGUCCAUUUGGAAUACAAAAUUAUAUUUUCAUAGGUCAUAAUAUAUUAUUUUCCACAGUGCAUCAGAUUGAAACAAAAGACAUCUGGAUUUGUAAUGGAUAUAUUACAAAUAUAUAAUGGAUGCUUUUUGCAACCUUGACAUCAAAUCCAAACUCUUUCUAUGAUGAUAGCAUCUAAUAAGAUUCAUUUAACAUUUGAAACCCUAAUGAACUCAUAUUUAUUACAUAUAAAUUAGAAAAGUAUACGGGAUUAAGAAACUAGUUUUCUACACUAAAGUUCUAAUUGUUUGGGUUAAUUUAGACAUUGUGUAAGGUCAACACCGGUCUUAAUGUCUUACCCCACCCGGGUUAAUGGUUUAAUGCGAGUGGUUUUCACGAGAGCAGUGCACCACCACAGACCUGCAUGUGGCUCACAGUAAUUUUCCAUACCAUGAUACAACAAACAGCUGCGGAGGGGUUAGCUUAGUGAUUUGA